CUUUACCUGUGAUUUCCCUCUCUCAAUUUCUCACCUUCGCGUUACCGGAGAGCCGUUGAUGGAUUACGACGACGUUAAUCUGAUCGUGAUCCAUCUCCGGAGCCCAACAACCGCAACGAUUACGAGGAAGACGUCGAUGAUUGGCACAACCGUGAGCGAUCUCAGUCUCCGGCUCCGGGGUACGACAAUGAUUCCUCGAGGUGGCAGCCCAGGAAGAGGCUCAUCAAGAAGAGCGCGCCGGGUCUGGAGGUGGAGGUGGAGGAGGAGGAGAAUUUUCCGGUGAGGUCUGAAGAGUGGGACGGGAGGAAGAGGAAGAAGGAGAAGGAUGGUGGCUGCUGGAAGUUGCAAAUGCUUAUAACAGAAUCCUGCAGAUAGACAUUCAUAGGCAACAAAGAGAACAAAAACUAGCAAACUAUGCCUGAUAUUGCUAAGAAACAUGACACGGUAGAAGAUGACUUGUAUACAAAAGAUGGGACAAUCAACAUCAAUAAACAACCUGCCAACAAGAAAGAGACUGGAGAUUGGAAAGCAUGCCGUUAUAUUCUCGGAAAUGAAUGUUGCGAAAGAUUGGCAUACUAUGGCAUGAAAAUGAACCUAGUGAACUAUCUCCAGGAACGCUUCCACCAAGGAAAUGCAACUGCUGCAAGAAAUGUCACAACCUGGGCUGGGACAUGCUACCUCACUCCAUUGCUUGGAGCCUUUUUAGCUGAUUCAUACUUGGGGAGAUACUGGACAAUUGCCAGUUUCUCAACUAUCUAUGUUAUUGGAAUGACACUUUUCACAUUUUCAGCUAUUUUGCCCGGACUAAAGCCUUCAUGUGAUGGUGAUAGUUGCCAUCCAACGUCAGGACAAACUGCAGCUUGCUUUAUAGCACUCUACUUGAUUGCUCUUGGAACUGGUGGUAUCAAACCAUGUGUCUCGUCUUUUGGUGCUGACCAAUUUGAUGACAAUGAUGAGACUGAGAGGAAAAAGAAGAGCUCUUUCUUCAAUUGGUUUUACUUCUCAAUCAAUAUUGGCGCACUCGUUGCUUCGUCUGUGUUAGUUUGGAUACAGACGAAUGUCGGAUGGGGAUGGGGUUUUGGAGUACCUGCAGUUGCAAUGGUCAUUGCGAUUAUAUUUUUCUUCAUCGGUAGUCGAAGGUAUAGGAUUCAACUUCCUGGAGGCAGCCCCCUUACAAGGAUUUGUCAAGUUCUAGUUGCAGCAUCAAGGAAUUUUAAAGUCCAAGUGCCAGAAAACGAGUCUCUUCUCUACGAGACAGCUGAUGCAGAAUCUAACAUCAUAGGGAGUCGCAAACUUGAACACACUACUAAAUUAAAGUGUUUAGAUAAGGCAGCAGUAGCAACAGAAUCUGACAGCAUUAAGGAUCUGCCAAACCCAUGGAGAAUCUGCACAGUAACACAAGUUGAGGAACUCAAGUCUUUCAUUUGUUUGCUCCCAGUUUGGGCAUCACUGAUUGCCUUUGCAACCGUAUACGGUCAAAUGGGCACCAUGUUUGUGUUACAAGGCAACACAAUGGACCAGCACAUUGGCCCUCACUUCAAAAUUCCAUCAGCAUCCCUCUCCCUCUUUGACACCCUCAGCGUCAUCUUCUGGGCUCCUUUGUAUGACCGUAUCAUUGUCCCCUGUGCGAGAAAGUUCACGGGCCACGAACUGGGAUUUACGCAACUUCAAAGAAUAGGCAUUGGCCUCGUCAUCUCCAUCAUCUCCAUGACCGUUGCCGGCAUUUUAGAGGUUGUUCGCCUCAACAUAGUCCGGAAAAACAACUACUAUGAUCUUGAAACCAUCCCAUUGUCAAUCUUCUGGCAAGUCCCUCAGUAUAUUCUUGUAGGAGCCGCAGAGGUUUUCACAAACAUUGGCCAGAUGGAGUUCUUCUAUGGUGAGGCGCCUGAUGCUAUGAGAAGUUUGUGUUCUGCUCUCUCACUCACAACUAAUGCCUUGGGAAAUUAUGUGAGCACUUUGCUUGUUAUUAUUGUAACGAAAGUCACCACAAGCAGUGGAAGUCUUGGUUGGAUUCCAGAUAACAUGAAUAGAGGCCAUCUUGACUACUUCUACUGGCUUUUGACCGUUCUGAGCUUGCUUAACUUCCUGGUGUAUCUCUGGAUUGCUAAGAGGUAUACAUACAAAAAGGUGGCAGGAAAUGCUCAAUGAGAUGUUGCUGCCAAGUUUCACAACUUCAUUUGCUCAAUAUUUUAGUAUAUUGAUAAAUCAACUGUUGAUAUUUAAUAUAUAUGGAUUUUUAAUCAAGUGUGGAUUUUUAAUCUUUCUCCAAAGUCAAUUCCGUGCUUUAUAA